GUACUGGCCCAGGCCCUGAUUCCCUGAAGAGAGAUGAAGAAACCGAGAAUCAGAGAGGUUCAGACAUUUGCCGGAGGUCAUACAACUAGUCUUGCCUCCCUCUCUUCCUGUCUUCUGGCUGCGCCAUGGCUCCGGGCCCCUUCUCCUCGGCGCUCCUCUCGCCGCCGCCUGCCGCCCUGCCCUUUCUGCUGCUGCUCUGGGCAGGGGCAUCUCGGGGCCAGCCCUGCCCCGGCCGCUGCAUCUGCCAGAACGUGGCGCCCACGCUGACCAUGCUGUGCGCCAAGACGGGCUUGCUCUUCGUGCCGCCUGCCAUCGACCGUCGCGUGGUGGAGCUGCGCCUCACCGACAACUUCAUCGCGGCCGUGCGCCGCCGAGACUUCGCCAACAUGACCAGCCUGGUGCACCUCACCCUCUCCCGGAACACCAUCGGCCAGGUGGCAGCCGGCGCCUUCGCCGACCUGCGCGCCCUCCGCGCCCUGCACCUCGACAGCAACCGCCUGGCCGAGGUGCGCGAGGACCAGCUCCGGGGCCUGGGCAACCUCCGCCACCUGAUCCUCGGCAACAACCAGAUCCGCCGCGUGGAGUCGGCCGCCUUCGACGCCUUCCUGUCCACCGUGGAGGACCUAGACCUGUCCUACAACAACCUGGAGGCCCUGCCGUGGGAGGCGGUGGGCCAGAUGGUGAACCUGAACACCCUCACGCUGGACCACAACCUCAUAGACCACAUCGCGGAGGGGACCUUCGUGCAGCUGCACAAACUGGUGCGCCUGGACAUGACCUCCAACCGCCUCCACAAACUCCCGCCCGACGGGCUUUUUCUGAGGUCCCAAGGCACUGGGCCCAAGCCACCCACGCCGCUGACCGUCAGCUUCGGCGGCAACCCCCUGCACUGCAACUGCGAGCUGCUCUGGCUGCGGAGGCUGACCAGGGAGGACGACCUGGAGACCUGCGCCACCCCCGAGCACCUCACGGACCGCUACUUCUGGUCCAUCCCCGAGGAGGAGUUCCUGUGUGAGCCCCCGCUGAUUACACGGCAGGCGGGGGGCCGGGCCCUGGUGGUGGAGGGCCAGGCGGUCAGCCUGCGCUGCCGUGCUGUGGGUGACCCUGAGCCGGUGGUGCACUGGGUGGCACCCGAUGGGCGACUGCUGGGGAACUCCAGCCGGACCCGGGUCCGGGGGGAUGGGACACUGGAUGUGACCAUCACCACCUUGCGGGACAGUGGCACCUUCACUUGCAUUGCCUCCAAUGCUGCAGGGGAAGCCACCGCGCCUGUGGAGGUGUGUGUAGUACCUCUGCCUCUGAUGGCCCCCCCACCAGCCGCCCCUCCGCCACUGACCGAGCCUGGCUCCUCUGACAUCGCCACGCCCAGCCGACCUGGUGCCAACGAUUCUACGACUGAGCGCCGGCUGGUGGUGGCUGAGCUCACCUCGAACUCUGUGCUUAUCCGCUGGCCAGCCCAGAGGCCGGUGCCCGGCAUCCGAAUGUACCAGGUUCAGUACAACAGCUCCGUAGAUGACUCCCUCGUCUACAGGAUGAUCCCGUCCACCAGCCAGACCUUCCUGGUGAAUGACCUGGCGGCGGGCCGCGCCUACGACCUGUGCGUGCUGGCGGUCUACGACGACGGGGCCACCGCGCUGCCGGCCACGCGAGUGGUGGGCUGCGUGCAGUUCACCACGGCCGGGGAUCCGGCGCCCUCCCGCCCGCUGAGGGCCCAUUUCUUGGGCGGCACCAUGAUCAUCGCCAUCGGGGGCGUCAUCGUCGCCUCGGUCCUCGUUUUCAUCGUCCUGCUCAUGAUCCGCUACAAGGUGUACGGCGACGGAGAGAGCCGCUCCGGGGCCCUGGGGCCGCCGGCCUCGGCGCCCCCUGCUCUGGCUCUGGUUCCCGGGGGUGCCGUGGUCCGGCCGAGGCCGCAGCAGCGCUACUCAUUCGACGGGGACUACGGGGCGCUCUUCCAGAGCCACAGUUACCCGCGCCGCGCCCGGCGGACAAAGCGCCACCGGUCCACGCCGCACCUGGACGGGGCCGGAGGGGGCGCGGCCGGGGAGGACGGAGACCUGGGGCUGGGCUCCGCUAGGGCGCGCCUGGCCUUCGCCAGCACCGAGUGGAUGCUGGAGGGUACCGUGUGAGCGGCGGGCGGGCGUCGGGAC